CACCGUCAGAUGUACAUACAAGCAUGUGCUCUGGUUCGAGGUUGUUACGUCGCGCGUCGUUUUCCCACUCACAGUGGUGUAGAAUGAAAAGCGGAUCGUCAUAGAGUGUACGUGUGUAAAUACAUGAGGUAGAGUAGGAUAAGAGCAAAAUCAAGGGGAAAGACAAAAGGAAAGAUGAGUUUGUUAGAAAAGUGCUGAAAUGUGUUGAAAAACAUUUGAGAUUUCAGAAACCGAUCGAGUGGCAGACAGAAAUCGUAACUGAGCAGGAAGCGAUGUUGAGUCGGUAAACACCGGCAGAGCGCGCGGCAGUAUCAUUCUCAACUACGUUCGUCAUCUGAACAGCCAUGGUUCCAGGUUGCAUCGCGCCAUCCCUCGCAUUCCUCGCUCAGAAAACCGGACGAUUGCCGCUCAUUGUUCUUCGACCAACACCAUAGACUGCUGCUCCGCAAAGGUUCUCAGGAAAUUGCCGACUAGCUUGUAACACGCCAGUGCGUUCUUAGUGAAAUCAACAGAACGCGCUUCUUGUCAUUUCUUCGAAAGUUUGUUUCAUCUUAGUGACAAGGGAACGUGAAUCCAUGUACGCGUAAAAAGCGUGUUUACCUCCGUUGACGUUUGCUUCAGUUUUACGUCAAAUUCACAAUGGCCGUGGAAUCGAGAUGGAUGCCUUGUCAGUUGAAAAUCGAAGCCAAUCUAUGCAGCGCCGACUACGAUGGGAUCAUCCUCGUAUCUGGAAGUGCACCCGGAUUCGAUGAACCAGAACCCUUCAAAACGGUUCUAUAUGCUGCUGCACAAAUCGACUCCGCUUUGGGGACGAUUGGAGCUGUUCUCCCUAUUAAUCUACCAGCAAAAAGGCUUGUUUAUAGUCCAACGGGUCCCCUCAAUAUGGAUUAUCACGAUGUUCGAAGCUUUGGGGAAGCAGCGACCAAAGGAAUCCAAAGAGCUCUGAAGGCAGGUGUACGUUGCCCGCUGUUGGCACUUUUACCGGAUGUCCGUUUUGAGAAUGUCGAACUGGUAACACUUCUAGGUGCACUCGAAGGGCUUUACGUGCCAUUGGAGGUGAGAGAAAUUGGUCCUGAGAAAUGCUACAAGGCGUGCCAACUUGGUGUCUGGAGUCCAAUUUGCAAUAAGAAACUUCAGGGAGUCGUAAAACUGGCGUCUGCCUUGGAAAGCGGUAGAUAUGUCGCCAGAGAUAUUGGAGGAGCCGACCCUGAACGAAUGGCGCCUCCGCGCGUCGAGGAAUACAUUGCUCAACUAUUCUGCGGAUCAAAUGUCAUGAUGCAAGUGGUGAACGACCAGGAUACCUUGUUACAAGAGUAUCCGCUCUUUGCAAGUGUAAAUCGUGCAGCUUCCGUAAUUCCACGUCAUGCUGGUCGUAUAAUUUUCUUGACCUACGAACCUGCGAAUCCUGCUUGCGUUCUCGAGACUGUGAUGUUAGUCGGUAAGGGUGUGACCUAUGACACGGGUGGUGCGGAUAUUAAGUUUGGUGGAAGUAUGUCCGGCAUGUCCAGGGAUAAGUGUGGCGCAGCUGCCUGCGUUGGAUUUAUGCAGGUGGUUAAUCUUCUGCAACCGCCAACCGUAAAGGUCGUCGCGACACUUUGCGUCGUUCGAAAUAGCGUCGGCGAGAAUGCCUAUGUCGCUGACGAAGUAAUAACAGCGAAAUCCGGUGCCAGAGUGCGCGUGGCUAAUACCGAUGCCGAAGGGAGAAUGGCAAUGGCCGACGCACUAUAUCACAUGAAGGAGAUGGCUCUGUGCUCUGUCAAUCCGCACAUCUUCACCAUAGCCACUCUGACGGGACAUGCAGUCCUUAGCGCCGGUCAAGGAUAUUCGAUUGCCAUGGAUAACGCCGUUGCCAGACUGGUCAGUAACGCCGAAAAGCUUCAGGCUUCUGGCGAGGUCCUGGCUGAUCCUUUCGAAAUAUCCAGGAUCCGCCGAGAAGACUUUCGGUUUCACGAGGGUCAAGCCGAAGGUGACGAUAUCCUGCAGGCUGGCAGAGGUGCCAGCACGAAGAUUAACAGAGGUCAUCAGGGUCCGGCAGCAUUUCUCAUUAAGGCCUCCGGUCUUGAUAAGCAUGGAGUAGGCUCAGGAAAACCUAUAAAAUAUUGCCACUUGGACGUGGGAGGGAGCGCUGGUGAUUUGCCGGAUCAGCCUACCGGUGCUCCUAUCCUGGCACUCGCCAAUCGAUUUCUAAUUAAGAAUCCUACCGAUAAGGUCCAGGAGCAGCAAAAAUAAUGUUGGAGUGGCAAAAACUCCAAAAUCGAUAUCCCCUUUUUUGUUUCCAGCUCUCCUGAACCCUGAUCACCCUCAGCCAGUAGCUUCUCUACCCCCCUAUCCUACACAGGACUACUCGCAAUCAGUAUAAGUCGCAAAUUUAAUUGCGUUUGAAAUGAGUAACCCAGUAGAACUUGUACAGUUUUUUACAGCUAUUCACAGAGAACCAUCUAACUUUAAACUGUUUUCUCUAUUUCCUUUACAAUGUCUUUCAUGUGGCCUACUAAUUUUACUGGCCGCUCCUACGUAAAUUAUUGUGAUAUAACAAUUGAGUCCUAAUGGACUGUAAUAAAUAGGAUACUUACUUUCUACGUAUAAUUAA